GGAAGGAUGAGCUCCUAUGCUGACAUCUGCGGCUCCAAGCAGGCGCAGGGCAGCACCGAGGGAGGGUACCAACGCUACGGAGUUCGGUCCUACCUGCAUCAGUUUUAUGAGGACUGCACAGCUUCUAUUUGGGAGUAUGAGGAUGAUUUUCAGAUCCAGAGAUCGCCUAGCAGGUGGAGCUCUGCAUUCUGGAAGGUCGGACUCAUCUCUGGGACGGCUUUUAUGCUGAUAGGUUUAACGGUUCUUGUAGUGGGCUUUCUUGUGCCACCAAAAAUUGAAGCUCUUGGGAGAGAUGAUUUUGUUGUGGUGGAUACCCAUGCCAUUCAGUUUAAUGGGUCUCUUGAUAUAUGCAAGCUGGCAGGAGCAAUCUUGUUUUGCAUUGGAGGGUCCACCGUGGCAGCGUGUCUGAUGAUGUCUGCUUUCGCUAAAAGUUACUCCAAAGAAGAAAAGUACCUUCAGCAAAGAUUUAAAGAGAGAAUAGCUGAUAUCAAAGCCCAUGCAAACCCAGUCACAAAAGCGCCAGCACCGGGAGAAUCCAAAAUACCUGUCACUUUGUCCAAAGUUCAAAAUGUCCAACCUUUAUCUGAAACCUGACCCUUUCCUUAGGUUUUGUUUCUCACUUGUAGAUCACUUUAACUGGAAAAUACCAGCUGUUGUUGGCAUACGUGCUAGUCAAUUACAACAUCGAGUGCUCUGCUGUACAAACACACAGCUGAUGGGGAAGCUGCUCCAAUACAGAUGUAGGGUUGGUAAAAGACCAAUUAUGUGAUUAGACCCAUGACCAAUGUAUUUAGCAUAUUUGAGCAUUUUGAUCAGUGCUGACCAAAUAAAUCCUUGCAACAGUGAUGAGGCAUUUAGCUUAUCAGAUUGCAU